UGUCUUUUCCAACACGUCUUCAGAUACUUUGGCAUCCCAGAGAAUAUAGUUUCGGACAGAGGAACACAAUUUACCUCCAGAGUAUGGAAAGCGUUCUUCAAACUCCUUGAUGUGACUGUGAGUUUAUCAUCUGGGUAUCAUCCUCAAACAAACGGACAAACAGAACGCAAAGUCCAAGAGGUUUGUCGCUUCCUCCGAACCUUCUGCCACAGCCACCAGAACUCUUGGAGCCAGUUUCUACCAUGGGCCGAGUACGCACAGAAUUCCUUACGACAACUCACCACAGGUCUCACCCCUUUCCAGUGCGUACUCGGUUACCAACCCCCCAUGUUUCCAUGGACCGAAGAACCAUGUGAAGUCCCUUCCGUCCAGCACUGGUUCCAAGAGAGCGAGAGGGUCUGGGACUCAGCACACCAUCAUCUCCAAGCAGCCAUCCGACACCAUCAACAACAGGCUGAUGCCAGGCGAGCCCCAACGCCCAAUUUCAAGGUUGGGGACAAGGUUUGGCUCUCCACACGAUACAUCCGUCUCCGUUUACCUUGUAAAAAGCUGAGUCCCAAAUACAUUGGACCAUUUAAAAUCAUCAAGGAGGUCAAUCCGGUAGCCUUUCAAUUACGUCUCCCACCCCAAUACAGGAUUCACCCAGUCUUCCACACAUCCCAGUUAAAACAUUAUUACUCACCUGUCUCUUCUGUUCCCCCCACAGGACCUGGUGAAGAGGCCCCCCCUCUGGAUGAGGACAAUAACAUCUACACGGUCAAAGAAAUCCUGGACUCCAGACGUCGAGGUGGGCGACUAGAAUACCUUGUAGAUUGGGAGGGAUUUGGACCUGAAGAACGAGCCUGGGUACCUCGAGAUGACAUCUUGGAUCCCGAACUUCUACGAGAGUUUCACCACACUCAUCCAAAUAAACCUGCUCCGAGGCCCAGAGGUCGCCCCCCUUGACGUCAGCGGAACCCACGGUC